AUGAUGAAGUUGUCUUCUCUUGUCGUGUUUUUCUUUAUCUUCCCAAUCGCAUUUGCUCAACUGCGAGUUGGGUUUUAUAGUCAGACAUGCCCUCAGGCCGAGACUAUUGUACGCAAUUUGGUGCGUCAAAGGUUCGCUGCUGAUCCAACCGUAACCGCUGCUUUGCUCCGUAUGCAUUUCCACGACUGUUUUGUUAACGGCUGCGACGCGUCUCUCCUCAUUGACGGAACCAGCUCCGAGAAAGCCGCAGGACCAAACGGAAGCGUAAGAGAAUUUGGCCUUAUCGACCAGAUCAAGACUCAGCUAGAGGCCGCGUGUCCCUCCAGAGUCUCAUGCGCUGACAUCGUCACACUAGCGACACGUGACUCCGUGUCAUUAGCCGGAGGUCCGAGCUACAGCAUCGCCACGGGAAGGCGCGAUGGUUUGGUCUCGAACAUGGCUAACGUAAACUUACCGGGUCCAACAAUCUCCGUCUCCGGAGCCGUCAGUUUCUUCACUAACAAAGGGUUGAACGUUUUCGAUGCUGUGGCUCUUUUGGGUGCACACACCGUUGGUCAAGGUAACUGUGGUCUCUUCAAUGACCGGAUCACUAAUUUCCAAGGAACCGGACGACCCGACCCGUCCAUGGACCCUGCUUUGGUUUCUAGCCUAAGGAACACAUGCGCAAACAGCGCGUCCGCGGCACUAGACCAGUCUACUCCAUUGAGGUUCGACAACCAGUUCUUCAAGCAGAUCCGUAAGAGGAGAGGAGUGUUGCAGGUUGACCAGCGGCUCGCAUCAGACCGACAGACUCGUGGUAUUGUGGCUCGAUAUGCCAACAACAAUGCCUACUUUAAGCGUCAGUUCGUUAGAGCAAUGGUGAAGAUGGGAGCCGUAGAUGUGCUUACUGGUCGUGCUGGUCAAAUCAGGAGGAACUGCAGAAGGCUCAACUGA